CCGACCGAACGCUUGGGUUGCUGCAGACUUUCGUUCUAGAAUUACUUUCACUCUAAGGAAAUACCUCGGAGGAAGUCCUUUUAAAGGACUCCUAGCAAGGUCCUGAGUGCAUUAGAAUGUUCCUCAGAGCUGGUCUCAGUGUGGCCAGGCGUUUCCAUGGACAAUCCUUACUUGGGACCAAGAGUGUAUUAGGUAGCUAUGGGAAGAACACUUGUUCACCAAGAUGUUCCACUUUCAAGGAUUGUUAUUUCUACCCAAAACUCCUGGCAGGAACUGUGAGAUUUUGUGCCAAUGAAGCAAAAGAUAAAUCUGUACCUGAGUCAGUUAGUGGUGUCCCUUACGACAAGCUAACGAUUGGUGUUCCAAAAGAGAUCCAUGAUGGAGAGAAGAGAGUUGCGCUGUCACCUGAAGCUGUAAAACAGCUGACUAAACAGGGAUUUAAUGUUGUGGUUGAAGCAGGAGCAGGUGCAGGGGCUAAGUUUCUUGACUCUGAUUAUCUUGCUGCUGGAGCAGAGGUUAAGUCAGUGAAGGAGGCUCUAGGCUCUGACAUUGUACUUAAGGUGAGGCCACCUCAACAAAAUGAAGCUAAUCUUAUGAAGGAGGGUGGCAAACUGAUCAGUUUUCUGUACCCAGCCCAAAACAAAGAUUUGCUGGAUGUUUUAGCAAAAAGGAAAAUAACAGCUUUUGGUGUUGACUGUAUUCCAAGGAUAAGCCGUGCACAGACAUUUGAUGCCCUCAGCUCUAUGGCCAACAUAGCAGGCUACAAAGCAGUUAUUGAAGCUGCAAAUUUGUUUGGAAGAUUUUUUACUGGACAGAUCACUGCUGCAGGAAAAGUUCCCCCGGCAAAAAUUCUUGUCAUAGGUGGUGGUGUUGCUGGCUUAUCAGCAAUAGCUACAGCCAGGAACAUGGGAGCAAUUGUGCGUGGCUUUGAUACAAGAGCAGCUGUAAAGGAACAGGUUCAAUCACUUGGUGCAGAGUUUCUGGAGAUCACUGGGAUUGAAGAGUCUGGUGAAGGUACUGGUGGAUAUGCCAAAGAGAUGUCACCAGCAUUUAUAAAAGCAGAAAUGGAAUUAUUUGCCAAGCAGUGCAAGGAGGUGGAUAUUGUUAUAACAACAGCACUGAUUCCUGGGAAGCCUGCUCCAAAACUGAUCACUAAAGAGAUGGUGGAGUCAAUGAAACCAGGUUCAGUGAUCAUGGACUUAGCUGCUGAGACUGGAGGCAACUGUGAACUUACCAAGCCCGGUGAACUGUACAAUCAUAAUGGUGUUAAUGUUGUUGGAUAUACUGACUUACCAAGCCGCCUGCCCACUCAAUCAAGUACACUGUAUGCAAACAACCUUACAAAGUACUUACUCUCCAUGGGAGAAAAAGGAGAAUUUGCCAUUGAUCUAAAAGAUGAAGUGGUGCGUGGUUCCAUUGUUCUUCAAGAUGGAGAGAUGAUGUGGCCACCUCCAAGAGUUGAAGCUCCUCCUCCUGCUCCACCCAAGCCAAAACAACUUGUGAAACCACCAGAGCAGUCGCCACUAAAUGCCACUUUGUGGGAGACUGGUUUGACAGCAACUGGCCUAGGUUCUCUUCUUGGCCUGGGAGUCAUUUCACCUAAUCCUGCCUUUGCUACUAUGGUAACCACAUUCUCUCUAGCCGGUGUGAUUGGUUACAAGGUUGUUUGGGGUGUGACACCUGCACUGCACUCCCCCCUGAUGUCUGUCACUAAUGCUAUAUCAGGUAUCACAGCUGCAGGAGGGUUGGUGCUAAUGGGUGGAGGGGUGUUACCUAACAACACUGCAACCUCCCUUGCUGCAAUGGCAACUUUGGUGUCCAGUAUAAACAUCACGGGUGGAUUUAUCAUCACUAAGCGCAUGUUGGAUAUGUUUAGGAGGCCAGAUGACCCUCCUGAAUACACCUACCUGUAUGCCAUUCCUGGGGCAGCUGUUCUUGGUGGUUAUGCUGCGGGUAAGAUGGCUGGGUAUCCUGAUAUCGAUCAGAUGGCAUACCUGGCUUCCUCUCUGUGCUGUGUUGGUGCUCUUGGAGGCCUCUCCACUCAGACUACGGCCAGACAAGGAAAUGCUCUUGGUAUUAUCGGUAUAGGUACUGGUAUGACAGCCACCAUGGGUGCUUUGGCACCUUCCCAUGAUGUGCUGACACAGAUGGGUGCUAUGAUGGGUGUGGGUGGCACCAUUGGGGCCAUUAUCUCUAGCCGCAUUGCUGUUAGCGAUCUCCCGCAGCUGGUUGCGGCAUUCCACAGUUUUGUUGGCUUGGCUGCAGUUCUUACCGCCAUUGCUAAGUACUUAGCUGAUGUGGACCUUUUUGCCGACGAUCCUUCAGGGAAUGUCCAUAAAGCAGCUAUCUUUCUCGGCACCUAUAUUGGUGGGGUGACGUUCACGGGGUCUCUGGUGGCAUUUGGCAAGCUUCAUGGGCUGCUUGACUCCAAGGCAUUGAAUUUACCACUAAAAAACCAACUAAAUAUCGCCAUGGCAUUGGCAAAUGUUGCAGCUAUGGGCUGGUAUAUGGGUACCGACAGUGCUGCAGUCGGAAUACCAAUGCUGGGUACUACGGCCGCGCUGUCCUCCAUCAUGGGUGUGCACAUGACAGCAUCGAUUGGCGGAGCAGACAUGCCUGUGGUUAUCACUGUCCUUAACAGCUACAGUGGCUGGGCCCUCUGUGCAGAAGGGUUCAUGUUGAACAACGAUUUGCUCACCAUCGUGGGAGCCCUUGUGGGAUUCUCUGGAGGAAUCUUGUCGUAUAUCAUGUGCAAGGCUAUGAAUCGCUCCUUAUCUAAUGUUCUGUUUGGUGGUUACGGAACAUUGUCUACUGGGACAGGAGAAAGGGAGAAGAUCACUGGAACUCACACAGAGAUUAACGCAGAAGGCGCUGUGGAAAUGCUGACAUCUUCUAAGAAUGUAAUCAUCACACCGGGAUACGGACUGGCCGUGGCGAAGGCGCAGUACGCUAUCGCUGACAUGGUUAAAGAGCUUAAACAAAGGGGACUCAACGUACGCUUCGGGAUCCAUCCCGUCGCGGGACGUAUGCCGGGACAGCUGAACGUAUUACUGGCUGAGGCUGGAGUACCAUAUGACGUCGUAUUAGAAAUGGACGAAAUUAAUGAAGACUUUCCUGAAACUGACCUUGCUCUGGUAAUCGGUGCGAACGAUACAGUCAACUCCGCUGCCCAAGACGAUCCCAACUCUGUGAUUGCGGGUAUGCCUGUUCUGGAAGUUUGGAAAGCAAAGCAGGUGAUCGUGAUGAAGCGCACGCUGGGCACUGGGUACGCAGACGUGGAUAACCCAGUGUUCUACAAACCCAACACUUGCAUGCUCUUGGGUGACGCUAAAACCAUGUGUGAUGCUCUUCUAAACAAGGUUAAGGAACACUACGGCAGUUAACGAUUGUCUCGGAAGUCGUCACGCUGAAUUAGCUAUGCAAUUUUGUAUCUGAAAUUCGGCUGAAGUUUUUUAAACGGUUAACUUACAGUUCGUCUUCUCUGUUUUCUAUAAUAGUAUGGUAUGAAUUUAUAUGGUGUUGGUUAAGGUAGAAGGGUUUGACACGGCCCUUAUGAAAGAAGCAUGAAGUCGUAGCACGUCUAUUCAUGGCGUUUGCUCAGUGAUACUUUGUCUUUUAACUGCCCUCUCUUUUUCAAAUGGUCUUUCCUAAACUGCAGACACCGGCUUUUAGCCUCACGGUAGAAGAAAAAGUAACGCAAGAAGCCAGUUAGACUCUGUAUCAAUUUUCUUCAAGUAGUAAUAUCGACUGCAUAAUAGUAACACUAUUUUAUCAAACUUCAUACGCCCUGAGUAGUGAUUGGUUAAUCUUUCAAGGGCCAAUUUAAUUGGCCAUCGAAGGUUUUACGAAUUGCUACAUGUGUCUGGCUCAACCAACGGAUCGGUUUUGAAUGAGUUGCAUAAAGUAGCAAUAUCUAAAUGUGAAGUGUAGCAGUUUAAGUUCAGGUCGUUCGUCAUGAAAUGUGAAACAUUUUCCAUAUGGAAUCAUCGAUGUUGAAGUGUUGUUUUUAAAGGAGUGUCAUAAAAAAUGUUUUUGGAACAGGUUUUCAAAAUAGGAAAACAGAUUUCCAGAAUAGGUCUUCCUUUUACAGAGUGCUAAUGUAUCGGUUGUGAGAAAUAAAACGUGCCUUUUGAAGGA